GCCCCUCCCACGAACUCUGCGCACAGCGGGUGCUCGCCCCGCCCCUGGUCGGAAGCCGAGGCUCUAAUACCAAAAGCCCUUUCACACAGACCCGGAAGUUGGAGAGCCCGGAGCCGAGAUCCCCGAGGGGCGCCUAAGCUUCCUUCUAGAAUUCAUUCCUUGCCUGAGUGCUUUCUUCCCUUCAUGUCGUACAUUUGAAAUUUUCUUUGACCUCUGAAGACUUACGUUGCCUGAGGAAGCUCUGAAGUUAAGGAAGAGGAAAGAAAAGGAGUGAGGCAUGGCUCUUUCUCAGGAACGACUGACCUGUGAGGAUGUGGCCAUUGAAUUCACUCAGGAGGAGUGGGAAUUCCUGGACCCUGCUCAGAGGGCCUUGUACUGGGACGUGAUGCUGGAGACCUGCAGGAACCUGGUAUCUGUGGAUAUCUCUCCUACACAUGUGAUCAAGCAUUUACAACCCAAAGCGACCAGUGAUAAACGAGAAACAUUCCAAACAUUGAUGCUGGGAAGACCUGAAAGCUGUGAAAUUGAAUGCUUUCAUCUUUGGGAAAGUCAGGAAAAUAUGUGUGACUUUGUGUGUCAGGGGAGAGAUGACAAAAGAAAUUACAAAGGAACACCUGUAAGCCUUAAUGGAAAUGUGCCUGAUGGAAGAGAUUCGCAUGAUAUAAAGGAUGCAGGAAUCAAGCCCUUUGGAAACAGGCUUGGAUUUAACUUUCAGGAUAAACUGCAGAUAUUUCAAACUGGCGGGAUAAUUUCUGAAUAUUAUGAAGUUGAGAGGUCUGUCAACAACAGUUUCUCAUUUUCACCACUUCAAAGAACCACUGUUUCUAAUAUAUAUGGGAAUGAUUUCAUGAAUCCUUCAGUAGUAACACAAGACCUCAAAGCACAGAGGGAAAAACCUUACAAAUGUAAUGAGUGUGGGAAAGCCUAUCUUAAGGGCUCAUACCUCAUUAAACAUCAGGCCAUCCAUAUAAGAGAGAAAUCACAUAAAUGUGAAGUAUGUGACAAAUUGUUUGAUCAAAGUUCACAGCUUGCACGUCAUUUGAAAAUUCAUUCUGAAGUGAAAUGUUACAAAUGUAACGAGUGUGGCAAAACCUUUAAUGAUAGCUCCACCCUUGCUAGACAUCAGAUAACCCACUCAGGAGCAAACUUACAUAAAUGUGAUAUAUGUGGUAAAAUCUUUGGUCAGAAUUCAUUCCUUGUAAAUCAUCAGAAUAUCCAUGCAAGAAAGAGAAGUUACCAAUGUAAUGAGUGUGGCAAAACCUUUACUGACAGCUCAAAUCUCAGGAGACAUCAGAAAAUUCAUACAGGAAAGAAAUUAUUUAAAUGUGAUAUAUGUGACAAAGUCUUCAGCCGAAAUGCACACCUUGCUGGUCAUCAGAGGGUUCAUACUGGAGAGAAACCUUACAAAUGUAAUGAGUGUGGCAAGCACUUUAGUCAACCUUCACAGUUCAUAAGUCAUAAGAGAUUUCAUACUGGAGAAAAACCUUACAAAUGUGAUGAGUGUGGCAAGGCCUUUCGUGUAAAGUCAAUCCUUUUAAGUCAUCAGACAGUUCAUACUGGUGAGAAACCUUACAAAUGUGAUGAGUGUGGAAAAGUCUUCGGUCAAAAACCACAUCUUCGACUUCACUGGAGAAUUCAUACUGGAGAGAGACCUUUCAGAUGUGAUGAGUGUGGCAAGUUCUUCAGUCGAAAUUCACACCUUACAAGUCAUCGGAGAAUACAUAUAGAGAAACCUUUCAAAUGUUUCGAGUGUGGAAAAUCCUUUAUUCAGGUCUCAGCACUCACUAAACAUCAGAAAAUCCAUACAUGAGAGAAACUCAUGUGAAUGUGGUAUAUGUUAGAAGUCUACAAAAUUCAAAGUUCAAAAUUUACACCCUACUCUUGGUCAGAGAAUUCACACUACUGAGAAACCAUACAAAUGUCAUGAGUCUGGCAACAUCUUAGGCUUCAUGAGAAAAUUCAUACUGGAUAGAAGCCAGAUAUAUAUGUAUUUAUUAGUCAGGUCUUUAGAACAUGGAUUCAUUCUAGAAAGAUUCCUCACAAAUUCCACAAAUGUUGGGGGGGGGGGGGGGAAACAAACAAACAAACAAAAAACCCUAUCCUCACUGCUCAAGUCUCAACAGUAGUAUCAGAGUAUUUAUCCUGGAGAAAACACACAGCAAUGUAAUGUGUGUGGCGAGGAUCUUACCCAAAAGUCACAAGAUAGGAACAUAGUGGAGCCAUACUUCCCAGAUUCAGUGAUUGUGGCAAAUCCUUUACCUUUUUCACUAUAUUUAGUCUCUGAUGACUUUAGUUCAGGUACUCAGCAAUUGCAGUAAGUUCUUUUCUUGUAAAAGAAACCUGAAUUCUAACUCAGCAAAGAUGAUUCUUUGGGACAGUAGCCCACCAUCUUUUUGGUCUCCUGGCUUUCUGAAUAAAGUCACUAUUCCUUGCCCAA